AUGUGCAUUGACCGUUAUGUCACUGAAUACGAGGUUGGUCCGCUUUAUAUCAAACGAUUGGCGUAUAUUUGUCAGAAUUUCGACAUAACCCAGAAAGUUAUUGAGGAUCUGCUGGAAUUGAUCCGCAAACCAGACUCUCCGUACCAGAAUUAUAAGGAUACCCCAUCGCUUGUUGCCCUCUUGCCAGAGUCUGUUCGCGCCAAAUACUCACUGGAACAGGGAAACAGCGUUGCCUACGACGACCAGAUCGCCCAGAUCGCCAAACACGACCCCUCAGAUGCCGUCUUCGAGCAGAUCCUCGACCUGCUCCACAGACGGACCGUGGAUAUCCUCAUGAAAACCGGCUCCAGCGACUCCGUCAGCGACAACGCCGCCUUCUACUACAGUCUGGGGCCCGAGUUAUCGUCGCUGUCGAAGAAAUGGUCGCUGCGCGAGCUGCAAAAGUUCAUUAUUUACAAGGCGUACGACGGCAGCUUGGCAACGUGCGGGCUGUUUCUGCGUCGCAAGUUGCAACAGGCGCUGGAGUUCGAGAGGGACGACGAGAGCGAUGAGGACGACAAGAUGGCUGUGGACGAGCGUGUUCUGGACCCGGAAGAAGCCAUAGCGUACUGGAACUGUCGCUGGUACCUGCUGUACGCUAAUUUCCUGGGGAGCGAUUACCAGGGCGUUGCGGAGGAGUAUUUCCGCCUGGAGCAGGAACCGGCGAUCAGCGGGGUGUGUGCCAAGGACGUGUUGAGAAACAGCUAUAGUAACGAGCUGGUUUUCAAGGACUAUCUGCUUCGAACGGUGUGUUUUUCGAUUCUGAUGGUGGAAAAGAUUCAGGAUCUGGACUCGCGGUGGACAGAACUGCUCAAAGAGACGCUUGCCGCAGACAUACAGCUGAAAACUUUGGUCAAUGACUACAAGAAAUGCCGGUUUAAACAACUCAAAACCACCCUGGACACAUUCCAGAACGAGUUCGACCACGACGAACAGCUGUCGCAAGGGUUCCGGUUCUGGCGACAAACGUUCCACCACAAGAUCGACCUGUUCUACCUGUCGAUGAUGAAACGAGUGAGUUUCGACCACAUAGAGCAGGUUCUCGGUACGUCGAAGCAGGAGCUGGUGAAACUGGUUAUGCUCUUUAAGCUUCGCGUCAAGAUCGACGAGUCGUGCAACGUGAUCGAGUUCUUUCCGGCCAACGACCAGCAGGACGUCCUGCAGCACGUGAACGCGCUGAAUGAGUCGGUCGUCGCGGAAAUGCGCGCGCUCGAGGUGAACAAAAUGGUCCGGGAAGCUUUUGAAUGA